AUGUGGCCAAAAAGCAAAUACACCGUGGUGGCUCUUCUCGCCGCACCGGCAGCAGCCGUCACACCGAUAUCCAACGAUGAAAUGAAAAACUUCCUCAGUCAAGGUGCUGUCGAGCUCGCUACACGCUAUGCGCCUCUCUGGUUCUUCGGCCAAGCAGUGGACCAACCACCCUGUUAUCCGACAUGGGCUUUCGGCGGCUCACCCAAUUCGUCGGACAUCUACGACGCGGCUCACAAAACACCCGCUGCACCGCAGUGUGAGUAUCCUGACGUUGGCUGUGGAUGUCGCAAACCUGGAGUAGCAACAGGGAAUCCUGGUCCUGCAUUUCCCAUCUACUACACGUUCAAGCAAUGCAAUGAGACCGAUGUCCGGGUGGUGUAUAACCUGUUCUAUGAGAAGGACGGGGCCGAGGUGCUGGACCUGAUUGACACUGGCCAUGACUAUGACUGGGAACGAGUCGUCAUCAUCCAUUCACGAAAUGCGAACAACACCUGGCAACCCUCUCGCGCACUCCUGUCGGCCCAUAGCGGCUACCAUAACCUGGCCUGGGGCAGCAUCCAUAGCACUCUGACCACAGAGCAAAUCAACGCUGGAGACGCUCGACAGCCCGAUGGUGUCAAGAAUAAUGACCAUCCAAAGGUGUAUGUGUCGUGGUCGAAGCAUGCACAUUUCGAUACCGUCUUGACUACCUGGGUAGAUCCGCUGAGCCAGUCACUCGAUAAUGCAUUUCGCAGCAAUGACUGGUGGCAUUUUGUCGACCAGAAGUACUAUAUACGGUCGGAUAACUCGACCGCAGCUGGAAUAGCAUUCAACAGUACGGACUGGGGGUCAGCGACAAGUAACCCGCCAUAUGUACAGGAGAGUGUAUGCUCUGCGCCAUAA